AUGUCGACUAACGAUUCAACCAGCCAACUUCGGAAUGCUGGAACAGCUGUAAGCAAGAAACGUAAAGCUCCUGUCGUCACCAGUGAAUUCUGUAAGCGAUCGUGCACUCCUCUCUACUUAGAUGAAAAAAUGGCAGACGUUCAUUUUGUAUUCGAUGCAAAUGGAGUAAAGUACAAAAUACCGGCUCAUAAGUACAUGUUGGCAAUCGGGAGUCCGGUAUUUGAUGCAAUGUUUUAUGGAAAAAUGAAAGUAACAGGAGACGUAACCAUAACGGAUUACAGGGCAGAAUCGUUCAAAGAAUUUUUACAAUUCUUCUAUUUGGAUCACGUCGAGCUGACAGUCACAAACGGAUCGGAAGUAAUGUAUUUGAUCAAGAAAUACAGGGCAGGUGAAUGCUUUCGGAUCUGCGAUCGUUUUUGGAAGGAAAAUCUUACCAUGGAAACGGUCGGCUGGAUUUUGGAACAGACCAUAGUAAGCAAUCGAAGCUUGCUACGAAAAUUCGUUCUAAAUCGAAUUAUGGAUAAUAGUCGGCAAUACUUCAAAUCAAAGUCAUUCAAAGAUUGUUCGCCGGAAAUAUUGAAGAUGAUCCUGAAAUUGGAACGCCUCAAUGUUCCAGAAACCUUUGUGUUUGAUGCGUGCAUCGCUUGGUCAAGAAAUGUAUGCGCCAACAUGGGUGUGAACCCAAGUAUGUUGAAUUUUCGUCAACAGCUGGAUGACUGUUUUCAUCUGAUUCAAUUUUCUGCAAUGUCUCGCACCCAAAUAUUUUCUUGCCUGUCAAAAUACAGUGAGCUGUUUACGCGGGAAGAACUCUUAGAAAUAAUCAACAUAGCCACGCUAGGUGACGGAGCGCAGCUAACAUAUUUUGUUGGCAAGAGUCGAGUCAAAUCCGCCAAAUGGCAAUGA